AUGACGGGUACAGGGGUGUUCUCACUGUUGCUGGAGAGAGCACGUGCAGCUUUCCCCACGCAGACUGACAAUGAAGAUGCCCCAGAGAGACAUCGGGAUCACUUGGGUCGCCGCCUCUUGGCCAGUUUGGUGCAGCUCUGCAGGGGCCUGCUCUACUCUGUCCUGCCCUGCCCUGCCAAGUGUCCAGGCCCCGUGAGUGCCCACAGUUCCUCGGAGGACAGCUCGAAGGAGGACUCAUCAGGAGACAGGCAGAGGCCCAAGGUCACAGAUGCUUCCAAGGACAUUUCCAGAUAUGUCUCCAAGGAACAGUGGGCCAACAUGGGAGAGUUUCAGAAAACACCCAACUACAGCGUGAAAAAUAACUGCAGCGAGAUGCUCUCUGUAGGUCUGAGAGCCCAGCGGCCAGCUUUGCUGCAGUGUGGAAGGCGAACCAGCCAAGCCCCACUGGAUGACUCUGAGGAUUCUGACGCAGAAUGGAUGCCUCGGUGGCCAGAAGCCAAGAGAAAGGUGGUGGAGCAGAAGUUGUACACUCUGCGAGAAAGAAAUUAUCGUGCAUAUGAGGAGGUCAGCGAGUCCCAGGAUGACGACUUCCUGUAUUGUGAGAAGUGCAAGACCAACUUCAUCGACAGCUGUCCCACUCAUGGGCCCCCUACAUUCAUGAAGGACAGCGUGGUGGACGUGGGGCUUGAGGACCGCGCACUGCACACGCUGCCCCCCGGGCUGAGGAUAGGACCUUCAAGCAUCCCAGGGGCUGGGCUCGGAGUCUGGAAUGGGAACUCCACCCUGCCUGUGGAUCUGCACUUUGGCCCCUACGAGGGUCAGAUCACAGAGGAGGAAGAGGCGGGCCACAGCGGUUAUGCCUGGAUGAUUACUGAAGGGAGACAGAGCUACAAGUAUGUGGACGGCAAGGACACAUCCCAUGCCAACUGGAUGAGGUAUGUGAACUGUGCCUGCAUUGAGGAGGAGCAGAACCUUGUGGCCUUUCAGUACCACGGGCAGAUCUUCUACCGCACCUGCAAGGCCAUCAAGCCUGGCACUGACCUAUUGGUCUGGUAUGGGAACAAGUAUGGCCAGGAGCUGGGCCUCACAUGCAGCAGCAAGUGGAAGCAACAGUAUGCGGAUGGGAGAGAACCAAAGGCAGAGAUCCACCUGUGUCCCUUGCGCUCUCUGGCCUUCUCCAUUCGGAAAUUCCUCAGUUGCUAUAUAAACCACGGUCACUUUUCUCAGAUCCACUGGGUAACAGCUACAAGCAACAUGCUCCAAGCAGAAGAUGCCUGUCCGGGGGAUCUGCUCUGGGAGCAGCAGCAGUCCCGUCCUCAUGCCCAGAAUGAUGGAGGUGAAGGGGGAGAGGCCCAAGGGAGACCGAGCCCUGAGCCCCAAAGGACAAGGGAGAGGGAGAUUUUAAGGGCCAUCUCCAACACUCCCCAGGGACAGAUGGCGAGGUCUGGGGAGAGUGAGGGGAUGACAGCGCAGGGGCUCAGUACAAGCCAGAUGCUGCCUGUUGAGGGGGGAAGCUCGCAUAUUGCAACCAUGAGGAGUGGAGAGUGUGAGCAAGGCCCCAGUGACACAUGGGAGCUCAGUGGGAACCAGCCUUCACAAGCAGGGGACAAUCGCUUUGCUUGUAGGGACUGUGGGCGGGGCUUUCGCUAUCCAUCACUCCUCACCAGGCACCGGAGAACUCACACAGGUGAGAAACCCUAUGUUUGCAGGGACUGUGGACAGGCCUUUAGCUUUAGAUCAAACCUCACUGGACACCAGAGAACACACACAGGAGAGAGGCCCUAUGUUUGUAGGGACUGCGGGCGAGGCUUUAGUUGUCAUUCAAACCUCACUAAGCACUGGAGAACACACACAGGUGAGAAGCCCUAUGCUUGCAGGCACGGUGGGCAGUGCUUUAGCCAGUGAUCAAGCCUCAUCAGACACCAGAGAACACACAGAAGAAAAGCUCAAUGCUCACAGAAAUAG